GAGAGGGGGCGUGGUUUCGUGUGCUCCCGUUUCCCGCGGGAUCGCCGUUCCCGUUCUUUCCCCCCCGGGCGUCGCUCCCGGUCCCGGGUCCGCCCAUGGACAGGUUCGUGGUUAAGUUGCCCCGCGGGCAGGCGGGGGAUGGAGGCAGCGGCGGAAAGAGGCCGCGGCUGGAGAAGCCUGGCCCGGAGCGGCCGCCGCCGCGGGAGAUCCGCGCCGAGGGGCUCAGCUGUGAUUACCGCAUCCUCUUCGACAAGGCUGAGGCGGACGAGAUCUUCCAGGAGCUGGAGAAGGAGGUGGAGUAUUUCGAAGAUGAGAUGACAAAGCUGCAGGUGUUUGGCACGUGGCACAAGAUUCCCAGGAAGAAGGUGACCUAUGGAGACCCUGGCCUGUCCUACACUUACUCAGGGGUCACGUUCCACCCCAAGCCCUGGAUCCCGGUGCUGACCCGGAUCCGGGAGCGCGUCACCGCGGAGACGGGACACACCUUCAACUUCGUCCUCAUCAACAGAGUUAAUUCCCAGGUACAAAGAUGGCCUGGACCACAUCGGGGAGCACCGGGACGACGAGAAGGAGCUGGUUCCCCUCAGCCCCAUCGCCUCGGUGUCCUUCGGAGCCUGCCGGGAUUUCGUGUUCCGGCGCCGGGGCCGGCCCGGGGCUCAGGGCCCGGGGAGGAUCAGCCUGCAGCUGGCCCACGGCAGCCUGCUCCUCAUGAAGCACCCCACCAACGUGCACUGGUACCACAGCCUGCCCCCACGCAGGAGGGUGCUGGCCCCCAGGGUCAACCUCACCUUCAGGAAUGUCCUGCCCGUGUCCAGGAGCGGAAAUGUUCAGCCUUUGGGCACUGAAAAGUGAAUUUAGUUCCUGCUGGAACUGUGGAUUCAUCUAUUCCAGCAGGUGAAUGCUGGAUUCACCUCCUGGUCCAUCACCUAAUGGACAAAAUCUGGUAAUUUUGCUGCUGAAGCCUGUGGCCACUGAUCUCUCUCAAUGGCAAGGUUCUUCCCUCUGGGACAUGUUGCUCUGGUCCUGCUGAUCCCUGUUUUUGCUGAUUGCUCCCCUUGUUUUGCUCAGGGAGAAGUUUGUUCUCAGCUGAUCUUUAUCUAAGCAGUGUUCCAAGAAGAUGAAAAUGCUCCAUAGCCUGCAGGCAGCAGUUUGCAAACACUGUGAGCCACAAGCUGUGAUAGUUUAAAGCUGAUAUUCUACAGGUGGCACUUUCUGUCAAUGAGCUCUGGUUUGCUUGGGGAUUUUAAAUUAAAAUAAAGCAAAAUGAGCCUGA